AGCUGCUGUUUAUGUGAUUCAGAUUCAGAUUGCAUUCCUUCACUUUCAAGGAUCCCGUAAUGCAACAGUUAGUGUUCUCUAAAUAACAAAAAGAGAAAUCAUUCAUCAGCACACACAGCUUUCUUUUUCAUUCUGAAAAAGUGGCUCCUUUUUGACAGUUGGUGAGUCAUUGAGUGUCAGGACCAGCACACCACAUUGUAAUUCUCAGAACCCAUCAUCUCCUAUAGAGAUUUGAGAGAUAGAAGAAGAGUGAGUGAUUCAGGUGUUAGAGAGAGAGAGAAUGGGGUAAUGGUGUUCCCGUUGCUGGAUUCCAGUGCUAUUUUGGGGGGGUGUGGUUUGGUCCGAAAAUGGAUUAAAGUUAGGUUCUUUUUGUGAUUUUCUUAAUGCCCAUUUGCUUAGUUUUUUUUUAUGAUUCUCUGUCUCUUCUGAGUGCUUGCUAGCUCCAAGUUCAUUACACUUGUUCACCUUCAGGAUCUCUUGGUUUCUACCUCAUACUGGUUUGGCCUUCAAAAGAAAGAGAACAGCUGCUUCUGAUUUUAAAUUGUGGGAGCUUAUAAAACAAUAAGCUGUACAUGGAUUAAGAUACUGGAGCUGUAUCCAAUUCACCAGGUAAAAGAAGAGGGAAACAUACCUAAAGAAUCUCCAACUAGAUCAACUGUGGAGGGUGGAAAUCUAUAGACUGUUAGUCUGGCCUGGAUCCAUUAUCAGGCUUUCGCCAAAUCAAAACCAGCUGUGCUCUUGUUCUUGGCAGGAGUCAUGGCAUCAUUGUUACAUUCCGAGUCCAGACGUUUGUAUUCUUGGUGGUGGGAUAGUCACAUAAGCCCAAAGAAUUCCAAAUGGCUUCAGGAAAACCUUACAGACAUGGAUGCCAAAGUCAAAGCAAUGAUCAAACUUAUCGAAGAGGAUGCAGAUUCAUUUGCAAGGAGGGCAGAAAUGUACUAUAAGAAGCGCCCAGAACUCAUGAAAUUAGUUGAGGAGUUCUACCGAGCAUAUCGUGCAUUGGCAGAGAGGUAUGAUCAUGCAACGGGGGAGCUACGCCAUGCCCAUAAGACCAUGGCAGAAGCAUUCCCUAACCAAGCACCUUACUUGUUAAACGAUGAUUCACCAUGUGGUCCUUCUGGCCCUGAGGGUGAACCACGAACACCAGAAAUGCAUCAUCCUAUUUGUGCAUUCUUAGGGCCAGAUGGUGUCAGCAGAAAGGGUCUAAAGCAGCUGAAUGAGCUUCUUGGGUUCUCUCAGUUAUCUGCUGAAAAGCAGAAUCUGAAGACAGAGAGCCAUUCUGAGCAUGCAGGGGGAGAAGAAAAUGAAGUUCAAAACUUGAGGGAAGCCCUGGCUGAAAUACAGUCUGAUAAGGAUUCCAUCUUGCUUCAGUAUCAGAAGAGUUUGGAGAAGUUAUCCGAAAUGGAAAAAGAGCUUCAUGAGGCUCAAGAAGAUGCUGGAGGACUUGAUGAUCGAGCAACCAAAGCUGAGAUUGAAAUCAAAAUAUUAAAGGAAGCUCUGUCUGAGUUAAAAGCUGAGAAGGAUGCUGGUUUAGUUCAGUACAAUCAGUGUCUGGAAAAGGUAGCUAGCUUGGAAAUUACAUUGUCUCUAGCCCAGAAAGAUGCAAAGGGGCAUGAUGAGAGAGCUGCUAAAGCAGAAACCGAAGCAGAAAAUCUAAAGCAGGAACUUGGCACAUUGGAGGCUGAGAAGGAUGCUUGUUUUUAUCAAUAUAAUAAAUGCCUUGAAAAGAUUUCUGUCUUGGAGGCUAAGAUAACACUUGCUGAGGAGAAUAGCAGGAUGCUGAAUGAGCAAAUUGAAAGAGCAGAAAUGGAAGCUAAAUCUCUGAGGAAAAGUCUUGCUGAACUGAAUGAAGAGAAAGAAGCUGUAGCUUUUCUGUACAAGCAGUGCUUGGAGAAGAUAUCUACAAUGGGGAGUGAAAUUCUGCAUGCCCAUGAAACUUCUGAUCGAUUGAAUAGAGAAAUUGAAAUAGGGGCUGAAAAACUAAGGACUGCUGAAGAGCAUUGUGGUAUGUUGGAAAAAUCAAACCGAUCUCUUCAGCUGGAGGCUGACAACCUGGUGCAGAAAAUUUCUGUAAAAGACCAAAAGCUUUUAGAGAAGCAAGCCGAGUUAGAGAGGCUACAGAGUGUGAUGCAUGAAGAGCAUUCUCGCUUCCUUCAAAUUGAAUCUACUCUGCAAACUCUGGAGAAGUCAUAUUCUCAAUCACAAGAGGAGCAAAGAUCUCUUGCCUUGGAGCUUAAACAUGGCCUUCAGCUUUUGGAGGACUUGGAGCUUUCCAAACAAGGUUAUAGGGAAGAAAUGCAACAGAUUGUUGAAGAAAACAGGACACUGAAUAAACUUAAUUUCUCUUCCACUACGUUGUUAAAAAACCAGCAAAUCGAAAUUUUCAAGUUGAAGGACAUCAAAGAGAAUCUCGAGCGAGAGUUUGCUGUAAAAGUUGAAGAAAGCAACGCCCUCCAGCGUGAAUCUCAUCACAUAAAGGAUCAAAUCCAGGGCUUGAGUAGUAGAUAUCAGGCAAUACUGGAAGAAUUAUGGUCUGUAGGCUUGAAUCCCAACUGUUUUGCGGCAUCUGUGAAGGACUUACAAAAUGAGAACUUGAAGCUAAAGGAGGUUUGCAAAAUGGAACAAGAAGAGAAAGAAGCCCUCCAUGAAAGAUCAAAGGACAUGGAUAAAAUUUUGAGGGAAAAUGUCAAUUUGGAAUGUUCCUUGUCAAGCUUGAAUGUGGAGCUAGAUGGAUUGAGGAAUACGGUGAAGAAAUUUCAGGAAUCUUGCCAUGCUCUUCAGGAAGAAAAAUCCAUUCUUGUGUCUGAGAAAUCAUCUCUACUGUCACAGUUACAAAUUAUCACUGAAAGUAUGCAGAAGCUGUUGGAGAAGAAUGCCUUGCUGGAGAAGUCCCUCUGUGAUGCAAAGAUUGAGCUUGAGGGUUUGAGGGCUAAAUCAAGUAGCAUGGAGGAAUUGUGCAAUUCACUGAAUAAUGAGAAGGCGAAUCUUCUAAAUGAAAGAAGCAUCCUGGUAUCUCAAUUAGAGAAUGUUGAAGCAAGACUCGGUAGCCUUGAGAAAAGGUUUACUCGAUUAGAAAAUUUGGAGAAGGUUGUCCUUCAGCUGCGAGAAGAAUAUCAGUUGGGGAAAAAGGACUUUGAAGAAGAACUUGAUAAAGCUGUAAAUGCUCAGGUUGAGAUGUUUAUUUUGCAAAAGUGCAUUGAAGACUUAGAGCAGAAGAACUUUGGUUUAUUAGUUGAAUGCCAAAAGCAUGUUGAGGCAUCAAAGUUUUCUGAUAAAGUAAUCUCGGAAUUGGAGGGUGAAAACCUUAUGCAGCAGAUGGAGGUAGAGUACUUGUUAGAUGAAAUUAGAAAGUUCAAAAAGGGGAUUCAUCAAGUGUUAGGGGCUUUUCAGGUUGAUCCAGAUGGGGGGCAUAGCAAAGGGAUCAAGCAAGAGGAUGCGCCGAUAUUCCAUAUUUUGAAUAAUAUUGAGGGCUUGAAAGGUUCUCUUGUUAAAAGCCAAGAGGAGAAGCAGCGGCUACUUGUAGAGAGUUCUGUCUUCCUAACUUUAAUCUCAGAACAACAAUGUGAGGGAGUAGAAUUGGAGUUGAUGAAAAAAAAUCUGGAGGAAGAGUUUGAGAACACGAGAGAGCAGCAUGCAGAGUUGCAGAAAGAUAAGCUUGAACUUCUGGAGCUGAACAACCAACUGAGUUCUGAAGUGACCAAGGGAGAGGAAAGGGAGAAUACAUUAAAGUCCAAAUUGGAGGCUCUACUUCUUGAGAUGGAAGACUUGCAGAGAACGAAGUUGAUGUUUCAGGAAGAAAAUUCUAAAGUACUUGAGGAAAAAAAUGUCCUGCUUAAGAGUGUUUUGGAACUCAAAGAUGCAAAAUCUGCUGCUGAAGCUGAAAACGGCGAAAUCCUUCGUGAAGCACUGGCUCUGAAAAAUCUCACUUCAGUUUAUGAAAGCUUUGUCACUGAGAAGGUCUUGGAACUAAAAGAACUGGCUGAGCAUGUCCGCAAUCUGCAGCAUAUGAACAGUGAUCUCAAAGAUGAGCUUGUUGUGCUAAAGGACAAGUUUGAGGUGAAAGAAGCAGAGCAUGUUUAUCUGAAAGAGUCAGUUGAGAGGAAGGACACAUAUUUGAAUGAAGCCGAUGACAAAAUUGAUUGUUUAAGUCAACAAAUUGAACGUUCAGAAUAUCUCCUUGAGAAGAAAGAAACAGAGUUGUUAGAAAUGGAGGAAAGGCUAAAGGAUGCAGAGAUGUUGAAUGCAGAGUUUUGCAAAAAUGUUGAGACCUUAAAGAUGGAACAAGUAGAAUCAUGUCUAGUCAACGAAAAUCUAGAGAAGCAGAUCCUUGAACUAUCACAAGGGUGCAUGUUGCACAAAAAGGAAAUUGAACAACUUACUGAAGAAAAUAGAAGUUUGCUGUCUGAGAUGAGAUUAUUACGUGAAGAAGUUGAACAACACAGGGCUAGGGAGGAAACAUUGAACUCAGAGCUUAUGGAUAAAACAAAUGAAUUUGCACUUUGGGAGGCUGAAGCUGCUACAUUCUAUUUUGAUCUUCAGAUUUCGUCCAUAAGCGAAGCAUUGUUGGAAAACAAAGUCAAUGAGCUUACUGGAGUUUGCUCACGGCUUGAAAAUGAAAGUUCUGCGAAAAGCUUGGAGAUUGAACAGAUGACUGAGAGAGUCAAUCUACUGGAAACUGAAGUUGGAGGAUUAAAGGGGCAGUUAUCUGCAUAUAUUCCAGUCAUUAGUUCUUUGAAAGAGGAUUUUGCUUCUUUAGAGCAUACUGCCCUUGUUCAAAUCAACAAAACUUGUGAUAUCGGCAAUCAAGAGCAAAAGGAUGUAGUACUUGAGACCUGUGUUGAAGAAUAUAGCGAUCAAAACAUGCCUGAAGAUAGUACUGUGAUGCCAGAUGGGGUUUCAGAUUUGCUGAGCAUGAAAGCAAGGAUUAGAGCAGUUGAAAGGGCAAUGUUGGAAGAAAUUGAGAGACGAAUCAAAGAGGAAGAUCGAACCACAAAAGUAGAUGCCAGAGCUCAUCUGACUGAAGUGACAGAAGAUUCAAGGGACUACAGAAAAUUGGAGAAGGAGCUCAAGGAUAACCUCAACUUAUGGAGAACAAAAUCAGAGAAUGGAUCAUUGAUGAAAGACAUUCCUCUUGAUCACAUCUCUGAUAAUCCAGCCUCUAAGAAAAGCAGGAGAGAUAAUAGUGGUGGAACGGAUGAUCAGAUGCUUGAAUUAUGGGAAGCUGCAGAGGAGGAUGGCGAUGAUAAUGCCAUGGUUAAUGAAGCAACAAAACAGAGUUCUGCUCCAGCAGAAGAUAUCAUUUUGUACCAUCCAUCGGAUCAUUCUGGAAAAUUCCAAAACACUUCUUCUGAAUUAGAUGUAGAAAGGGAGUUGGGUAUUGACAAGCUCCAGCUGUCAAGAAGUAUAAAAGAGAGAACUCAAGAUGGCAAGAGGAGAAAGAUAUUGGAGAAGCUCAAUUCAAAUGCACAAAAACUAACCGUUCUUAAGAUGAAUGUGCUGGAUUUGAAGACGAAAAUGGAGGCAGUGAAGGGAAUUAAGAAGGGAAAUGAUGCCGAAUGCGACACAGUCAAGAGACAGAUCGAAGAUGUUGAAGGGGCUGUCCUGAAAUUAUCAGAUACUAAUGAUCAGCUCAUGAAGGAUCUCGAAGAGAGCACCCCGUCUUUAAACAAGGUGGUGUCAGCUGAAGCAGAAAAGAGUAGACAAACCCAGAGAAAGAGAGUAGCAGAGCAGGCACGAAGAGAUUCCCAAGAGAUCGGACAGUUGCAGUUCGAGGUGCAGAACAUCCAAUAUGUAAUGCUGAAAUUAGGUGAUGAAAAGAAGAGCAAAGGGAAAAGCAGAUUCUCAGGGAAAACAGUGGUGUUGUUGAGGGACUUCAUUCGCAGUGGCAAGAAAAGCAGCAGCAAAAAGCACAAAAAAGGAUGCUUUUGUGGAUGCUCAAAGCCUUCAACAACUGAGUAAGCCAGAAAAUCUAGUUUCAGUAUAUUGUAAGUAGUUAAUUAAGCAUAACUAGCAUAUUUUAGCUAGUACAUGUGUAAGCUUUAUCAUAAAUUAAGGUGUUAUUAGAGACUUUUAACUUAUCAUAGAAACCUGUCUCAGAUAUUUUUUGCAAAGAAAGUAGCUUCCCUGUUAUGUUAUAGAGCAUGCAUUGUAGAAGACCAUAUCUAUCACUUUUUCUUCGGCAUUAUUGAGUU